CGACGGCGAAUCCAAACCAUUCGGCCUCGCAGCUCCACAAGCCUACCAUGCCGUCGCCCUCGCUCCGGCUCGCCGUCGUUGGCGCAGGCGCGGCGGGCCUUGUGGCGGCGCGGGAGCUCCGCCGCGAGGGCCACGCCCCCGUCGUCUUCGAGCGCGCCGCCGCCGUGGGCGGCACCUGGCUCUACGCAUCCCCAUCGCACGCCGACCCGCUCGGUGCCGCCGCCACCCACUCCAGCCUCUACGCCUCGCUCCGCACCAACCUCCCUCGCGAGGUCAUGGGAUUCCUCGACUUCCCCUUCACCGCGCCCAAGCUCAGCUCCCCGGCCGCCGCCAUCGACGCACGCAGGUUCCCCGGCCACCGAGAGGUGCUCCGGUACCUCGAGGACUUCGCGAGGCGAUUCGAUCUGUGCGAUCUCGUCCGGUUCGAGACGGAGGUGGUUGGAGUCCGGAGGGAGGCCAGCGGGAGGUGGGCGGUGACGUCGAAAAAGCUCGGGGAGAAGGGGGAGCUGGACGAGGAGAUUUAUGAUGCCGUCGUGGUUUGCAAUGGACACUACACAGAGCCUCGCGUCGCCUCCAUACCAGGGGCAGAUACCUGGCCUGGAAAGCAGUUGCAUAGCCACAGUUACCGUGUGCCUGAGCCAUUCGUUGAUCAGGUAGUGAUCGUAAUCGGGGCCUCAGCAAGUGCGGUUGACAUUUCGAGGGACAUUGCAAGCGUUGCGAAGGAGGUCCACAUUGCCGAUAGAUCAGCACCGGCUUCCACUUGUGAGCUGCAGCCUGGAUAUAAUAAUAUGUGGCUUCAUUCCAUGACCGACCGUGCUCAGGAAGAUGGCUGUGUGGUGUUCCGGGAUGGCAGCACAAUCAAAGUGGAUGUCAUCAUGCAUUGCACUGGCUACCUGUAUGACUUCCCGUUCCUUGGGGAUGAUAGCACCAUCACUGUGGAGGACAACUGUGUCGAUCCGCUAUACAAGCAUGUUUUCCCUAUAGAAGUGGCCCCUGACCUGUCCUUCAUCGGAUUGCCAUGGAAGAUUAUCCCUUUUCCACUGUUUGAACUACAAAGCAAGUGGGUGGCCGGUGUUCUGUCAGGACGGAUCAAUCUCCCGUCCAAAUCCGAAAUGAUGGAGGAUGUGAAAGCCAUCUACUUGAGACGAGAAGCUCAUGGAUGGCCCAAGAGAUACACCCACAAUUUUAGUGGUGACUAUCAGUUUGAGUACGAUGACUGGCUCGCGGAGCAAUGUGGCCAUCCACCUAUUGAAGAAUGGAGGAAGAUGAUGUAUGCUGCUAAUGCGAGGAACAAGGCAGCUCGCCCGGAGAAUUACCGCGACGAGUGGGACGAUGAUCAUCUGGUGGCACAAGCAAAUGAAGACUUCAGGAAACAUUUGUAAAGCAAAAGCGCGCGCGCGCGCGCGCGCGCCCCCCCCCCCCCCCCCCCCCACAGAUAUAUAUAUAUAUAUAUAUUAUGAUUGUGAUUCUCCUCAGUGAUAUCAGUACAACCAGCCAAAGUGCAAAGAUAGGCCGCAUCCCUGGCCUAACAAUCAUGGAUUUACUGUCAUAUAUCGUCACAGGAUUGAGACGACAGACGCCUCUGUAAACUGGAGUAUGAUUUUGCAGAAUUGGUAAACACAAGUAAAAGUAAAAGUAA